AUGUCCCACGACGUAUUUCUUGCGAGGUGUCCAGGAAUUUGGCAGCUAAUCCUAAUUGAGCCUAGUGGCUGGAUACAGGUGAACCAGAUUAAUGACGUCACAUCGUCUCACAUGCAACCAUCCAAAGAUGGUCAAGAUGGUCGACCGUCUCUGCCCUUCGAGACAAGUUCCCUAAAGUAUAGUGGGCCAUAUCGGGUUGGUGCAAUUGACAUCGAGGCCCCAUGUGACGGACGUAUCGUCCAUCCCUCCAUCCACCUUUCAGACGGCCAGGCCGCCUUUCAGCUCGACACCGUCCUCUUCACUCUCUACUACCCAGCCGCUCCAGACGCCGUCGCCACCAGAUCUCGACAUCCAUGGCUGAUAGAGCCCAUUCGACUGCGCGGUGAGGGAUUCGCGCGCUUCGUCAACGCCUCGAAUUGGCUCGUCGAUCGCGUGUUCGCUUUCAUGCUCUGGGCCCUUGCCGGCAGCGUGCGCAUCCCGGCCGACGUCGACAUCCCGUUGCGGGACCCGAGCUCUGCCGAUAAACUGGGCGAGUCUCCGACUGACACUCAUCAUCGGUAUCCGGUUAUCGUUUUCAGCCAUGGCGUGGCGGCAUCACGGACGGAUUACACACAGCUAUGUGGCGAGCUCGCGUCGCGAGGGUACGUGGUAGCCGCUCUCGAGCAUCGUGACGGCAGUGGACCUGGCAGCGUGGUUCGUCGUGGCGGCGGGCGCAAAGGGACAGUCGUAGCGUCGGAUGGCAGUCCGACCGGACAAGGCCACGGUCAGGCACGCCCGGGCGCCCGCCGCCUACGCAGCGUACUGCACUUUGCAGCGAAACACCUGCAUCACGACCCGCCGCUUGACGAGGCGGAGCUGCAGCGCGCGCAGCUUUCCUUUCGACAGGCCGAGAUGGAGGAAGUGGUGCGGGUGCUGCGCAUGCUCAACGCAGGCGACGGGCAGACUGUAUUCCGCCACAAUGCGCGCCGCGAGGGCGUCUAUCUUGCAGGCUGGAAGGGGAGGCUGGACAUUGAGCGUGUGAUACUAGUUGGCCACUCAUACGGGGCGACGGGCGUGCUACAAGCAUGCCGUCCCACUGCAGAUCUGAGUCAGGCCCUGCCUAUUCCGCUCGCGGGCUGCAUCGCUCUCGAUCCAGGGAAAGCGAGCGGGCCGCUGAACGAUGACAUUGGCGUGCCCCUGCUGGUUAUCCACUCGCACAGCUGGAGCCGGAAGUUCAGUUUGUUCAUGGGCAGGCCGCACUUUGAAGUCGUGCGUGACCUUGUGCGGACCUGUUUACAGCGUACCGGUGCAGCGUGGUUCAUGACGAGUCUCGGCACAAGCCACGCUAGCUGCACAGAUGCGCCGGUCCUCCAGCCACUGCUACUUAACUGGGCAACAGGUGCAGCGGUAGAUGCGCACGAGGGCGUUUUAUUAUACGUGCGCCGGAUACAAGAGUUUAUUGAAUUUGUUAACACCGGAAAGCGCGAGGGACUCUUGGACCAGCAGGAGACGCACGCGUCUUAUGACGAGGGGACGCUUGUGCCAUGGACGAAGGUUUACGGCCCACGCCACUGGACUAGGGACUGGCAGAUUCAUGUGGCGCCGGCAGUUGAGAGUGAGAAUGUUGCAGAGAGGGUGAAGAGGAAGCUGGGGGCGCUGGACGAAGGCGCGAAUGAGUCGAGCGAGGGCCUGGAAUCGGGUGAGACUCUUGUCGGGUGUGGUGGUCAGGUCGACACGCGGAGUUCUAGAGUCGUGAUGAGUUGAAGGAGAGAAUAAACAGGUACCUACACCUUUGUAUGUAUUAGAUUAACUAGCUGGACUUA